AUGGAUGGCACAGAUAUUGUCACAUUCCGAGAAAACGACAAAGCAUUCCGAUUAUUUGGCACUAAUGUACAUGUAAAGGUUGGCGCUUACAUCGCCGGUGUUAUUGGAUUCGCUGUUACGAUCGCUUUUUGCAUCACAUACACAUUUUAUCAUAGCCGAGGAUUGGGCAGAAAUCCCUUCCUUGAUCAUUUAGAGCUAGGUAGGUGGACUGCGAGUUGCACUAACUUUUAGUG